GCGCGAGAGUAUAACUCGCUGAUAGGUCAAGUUCCUCGAAAAGACAAGACUAUCAACAAAUCAUCGGGCGCCAUCAACAGUCGUCAAGCUUUCCAGGGGUGGGAUUUAUAGGAUUGACUGAAAGUAAAGAGAAGAAGAUCCGCCAUUUUCUAUUUCGUGCGACUUAAAAAGGCUGAGGCUCAGCGAUAAUCACCGCGAUAAAGAUGGUGAAGAUAUUCAUAGGUAACCUCCCCCAGGAGGCGGACACGGAUGAGCUCCAGGCGCUGUUCUCGCAGUACGGGGCGGUAACGGAGUGCGCCAUCAUCAAAAACUUCGCCUUCGUCCACAUGGAGGAUCGCAAGAGUGCCACCAAAGCCAUCCGCAACCUGCACCUCUACAAGCUGCACGGCACUCCCAUAAACGUGGAGGCCAGUCACGGCAAGAACCAGGGCCCGGUGAAACUGCACGUGGCCAACGUGGAGAAGGGCUGCGACGACGAGCUCCGGGCCCUGUUCGAGGAGUACGGCACGGUCACGGAGUGUGCGGUCAUCAAGAAUUUUGCCUUUAUUCACAUGGCCAAUUCUGAAGAGGCUAUGGAUGCCAUCAAGGGUUUAGACAAUUCGGACUUCCAGGGCAAACGGAUUCACGUGCAAAUCUCAAAGAGCCGACCUAGAGGUGAGGAGGAGGAAGAGUAUGGGCAGCCUCCCCCAGACAGAGCAGGGUAUUGGCCCCCUCGUUUUCCCGGGGAUGGGCCUGAGCCAGGUCCACCUGGCUACUUCAGGGGGCGCUUCAGUCACCCUGUAUCCCACGGGCCCGGGUACCCCCCUGCCCCUCCUCCCCCGCCCCCACCUCCCCCGAGGCGAGCCCCCUACCCCGACCGGUCGGCCUCCUACGACCGGGAACGGGAGCGCGAUAGCUACGGGGUCGUGGACUAUUACGAGAAAUACCGCGCCCGUCCGUACGGCAUCACCUCGUACGAGGAGCGGCGCGUCAGCUCCAUCCCGCCUCCCCCCCCGCCCCCCGCCUCCGCCAUCAUGAGGGAGCGCCUAGCGCCCUCGGGCCUCGACCCCUACGAGCGUCGGCCCCUCCCGCCCCCGGCCUCUUCGUACUACCCCCGGGACCGCAGUCCCAUCCGGAGGGCGCCGCCUGCGCCCGUCGCCCCCGCCGGGAACGGGUACUCGUACGAGCGCUCCCGCCUCUCGCCGCUGUCCAUGUCCAGGACCCCGCUGUACGGGAUGCCACGCGCCCGGGACCCCUACGCCGACCGGGUGCCGCCGCCGCCGCCGCCACCCCCCGCACGCUACUCGUACUAACCGCACCCCGGCGCGUUCUCUCAAGGUUUAAGUUAUCUGACAAGAUCGUCGUCUCCUGAUGCACGCGGCGCAAAACCACCUCGUCUGUGGCGGAUCGCGUUUCGUUCGACACCGGCUCUUACGGAAGGAAUUCUAGUGCGGACCACCCGUCCUAUAAAACGCUUUUACGCUCGUUCGUUUUCGUCAACUUGCUUAAACUGUAACCGAUUUCAUUAUUUUCUUUUUGUUUUUGUUUU